UUGGGACAAGUAAAGAGAAAUGAUUGCAAGAGUAGAUAUAUCCCUCAUGUCACUUGUACUCUGUUUGAUGAUAUGUCAUUCUUCUUCACAAAUUUCAUCAUUUUAUGAUGUGACUAAUUCUUCUCCUUUUAAUGGAUCAAAUCUCACUACAACUGAUCCUAACUGUCCUACUCUGAUGAAUUGCUUUGGUAAUAAUUCUAAACUAACUGAUGGAGACUUUGGUCCAAUGGAUUCAGUCAUUGGUCAAUUAGAAAGAUUCUUUGCUUUUAAUCAAAAUAACAGUAGACUGACCUUCAAUGUGCCCUCUGCUGUAUCAACAGUAGUACUGUAUUUCUUUAAUUCUCCUGCUGACGGCAUUGGACUGCCUCAGUUAAAGGUUAUUUUGGCUGACAGUGUUUUUCCUUAUUUCUUCUCUAAUAAUGAUGAACUGACACUAACUGACUCUCAACUGAGAUCUAUCACAUUGCUUCUUAACCAAAAUUUAUUAACAUUUCAAAUUGAUUUCAUAUUCCCAGUCAACAGCAGAAUCAAUUGGUUUUUAGUCAGUGAAGUUCAGUUCUUUGCUGGUACUCCUGUGUCUCCUCCAAUGGAAGAUAUUGUAUUUAAGGAUGGUAGUAUCAGUGUAAUGACAUUUGGACCAGAUAGCAUUCAGUCUUCAAUCAGUAUCAACUGUACUGUACUCAAUAAUGGAUCAUUUCACUGGAACUGGCUAUUCAAUAAUACUAUACCUAUAACUGAUGAAUUAUUCAUUGAAGAUGCUACCAGAACAAGUAUACUGUACAUUAAUGGUCUUUCUUACUCUAUUGAAGGAAACUACACUUGUACUGCUAAUAGUACUGCUGGGAGUAUGUCAUCAAGGAUAAUCAUUGUCAGACUGGAAGGGACUGGAAUCACAUCAUCAUUCACAUAUUCCUCAAAAUCACUUUUGUAUACAUCUACUCCAUUAGAUCUACAUACUUCAUUCACUUCACUUGGCACAAGUCACAUGUUCACUUCAGUGGCUUCACCUUCUCCAUUAACUUGUACAUUAUCUGGUUGUGAGAGGUGUGACACUACUAGCUCUAACUGCUGUCAGGUUUGUUCAUCUGGCUAUAGCUUCAUCAGCGACAGCUGUGUUUGUGGCAUUCGAAGUACUGCAGGGAUACCAGUUUGGAGUAUAGUUAUUAUCUCUGUGUUUUUAGUAAUAGUUAUUGUCACUGCCUUACUGUUGAUUAUGUGUACUUUUGCAUUAGUGAAAGUGAAGCAAAAGAAUACACAAAGUGAUCAGCCAUUUUACGAUUAUAGUAAAAUAAUACAUUAAUAAUAUACUCAGUCCUUUUAUUUAUAUAGUUGGUGUUCAGCAAAGAACUGGUGCUAAUGUACCUGAUCCUGUUACAGGACACAAUUCAUUUUCACUCAAUCAUUCAGUGGACGUGCAAACAGAUCACAAUCCAUGCUAUGCAGUAGCAAUGGAAGAAACUCAACUAGUCUCCAACCCCAGUUACGCCUCAACUACCACUCAGCAAAGAGCUGAUGCUACUGUACCUGAUCCUGUUGCAGGACACAAUUCACUUCCACUCAAUCAUUCAGUGGACAUGCAAACAGAUCACAAUCCAUGCUAUGCAGUAGCAACGGAGGAAACUCAACUAGUCCCCAACCCCAGUUACGCCUCAACUGCUACCAUUCAGCAAUGACCUCAGUGGCUCCUGGUGGCUCCAGUUGGGUUAAUGUGCCGAAUAUUAGUGUAAACUGAUUAAUCAUAAUUUAAAACUAGUCAUUGAAGUAGAAAAAUGGUGACUCGAGAUAAUGUCAUGCAUUAAUAGCACUCUUGUUUGCACCUUUUAAAGUUAUCUACAGCCAUUGACACAAUGA